CAUCCUGUGAUGUUGGCUUCAGAGAACAGCUCUUCCCAUCCUGUGUCCUUCAUCCUACUUGGGAUCCCAGGACUCGAGAAUUCCCAGUUUUGGAUUGCCUUUCCAUUUUGUGCCAUAUAUGCUGUGGCUAUAAUUGGCAAUAUCGCUGUCCUCCAUAUAAUCCGAAUAGACCACACUCUGCAUGAGCCCAUGUACCUCUUUCUAGCCAUGCUGGCUACCACUGACCUGGCCCUCUCCUCAUCCACCCAACCGAAAAUGCUGGCUAUCUUCUGGUUUCAUGCUCAUGAGAUUGAAUAUCAUAUUGAAUAUCAUGCCUGCCUCAUCCAGGUGUUCUUCAUUCAUGCCUCUUCCUCUGUGGAGUCUGGGGUACUCAUGGCUAUGGCCUUGGACCGUUAUGUGGCUAUCUGCUUCCCACUCCAUCACUCAAGUAUCCUGACCCCAGCUGUAGUGGGUAAAUUGGGAGCAGCUGUGAUGAUGAGAGCAUUGCUGUGGGUGAGCCCCUUCUGCAUAAUGGUCUCCAGGAUGCCCUUCUGCCCCAACCAGGUCAUUCCCCAGCCAUACUGUGAGCACAUGGCUGUGCUGAAGCUGGUGUGUGCAGAUACUAGAGUAAAUCGUGCAUAUGGGCUCUUUGUGGCCUUCUCUGUGGUUGGCUUUGACAUGAUUGUCAUCAGUAUAUCCUAUGUGAUGAUUUUGAGAACUGUUCUAGGGAUGCCCUCUGGUGAAGCCCGGCUCAAGGCUUUUGGUACCUGUGCGUCCCAUAUCUGUGUUAUCUUGGCUUUAUAUAUCCCUGCCCUCUUUACUUUUCUCACUCACCGCUUUGGACAUCAUGUGCCCCGAGCAGUACAUAUCAUGUUUGCCAAUCUCUAUCUCCUGGUUCCUCCCAUGCUCAACCCCAUCAUCUAUGGAGUUAGAACCAAGCAGAUCAGGAACAGGGUUAUUCAGGGUUGCUGUGGAAAACUUCCCUGA